CUACCGACUCACCGCCACUCCGAGCAACUCCGUCGAUCGAUUGCCUCAACAUGGAUACCGACAGUUUGAUCGGAUACCCCAUGACCGGACUCCAAGGGGUGCGGCGUGAGAAGUGCCGUCCGUGCGGGAAGUUCUGGUGAUUUCCCGGAGUUUUGUACAAUUUUUUAAAUUGUGAAAGUUUUGUGAAGUGCCUAAGAGAAGUGAUUCGUUUAUAUUUUUGGAAUAUAUCAACAUAUAAAGAUGAGCGGGACGGCACAAGAGGCGGUGGCCAACUCAGGCUACAACUCCGGGGACGAGACGUCCACGCUGCUGGUGCGGGUAGCGGCCAAACCAGUGCUGAUGCGACAAGACUGUACCACCACACUGUCCGUGUCCGCCACGCCGCACCUCAGUCACAGCGAGGUACUCAUGGGCCAGAGCGAGGAGAGCGGCGGCAUGCCUGUGGUGCUCGAGGAGACAGCGCGAUCUGUCCCCGACAUUGAGAUGCACUGCCGCACCGACCACCACCCGUGUCGCGCGCUACCGCGAUGUGUCGCGUGCGAGCGUCGCAAGUCCUCCGCGGCGAUGGCACGGUCCGUGUCGCGCGAGUCUGUGCGAUCGAUCCACCCGCCACCCCCAGUGCUCCUCACCACCACACCGAGUUCCCGUAUUAUCCGCCAGAGUUCUCAGCCCGAAGCGUCACUAGCGACGUGUGGACACUGCUUCAACCACCACCACCACGGCAGCGCCAGCCCGGUGCCUAGCGCCUCGCUGCGGCAACUCCGAGAACCCGGUGAUGGCAUCGCCAUGAUCGCCAGCGAGUCGCUGAGGAUCAACGGCGCCAUCCGACAGUUCAAACAGGGGAUCCUCCUGAACCCCCAAACGCUCAGUCAGAACCGGAGAACCAAACUGCGCAGAGCGUUCACCGACGCCACCUCAGAGACGGUCACAUUCGUCAAGACGCUCCGGAAGCCAGUCUCCACGUUGUCCAUCCCGGGAGCAAUGAAGGGAGGGUCCGGCGGCCAGAGUAGUCAGGAGGAAGCAGGCAUCGCAUUGGUCGGGAUACACUCGGAGUAUCCCAAGUACACGGAGGAGCGGGCUAUCGGAGGCGCUCUCAUCUGCAAGGGAGGAAGUCUAGGAUCUAGCGGGAACGUGAACGGCAAGCACAAACCGAACGUCGGCUAUCGUCUGGGCCGACGGAAGGCGCUGUUCGAGAAACGCAAGAGGAUCAGUGACUACGCCUUGGUCAUGGGGAUGUUCGGCAUAAUCAUCAUGGUGAUUGAGAACGAACUUAGCAGCGCCGGUGUUUAUACUAAGGCCUCGUUCUACUCCACGGCGCUGAAGACCCUGAUCUCCGUGUCCACAGUGGUUUUACUUGGCCUCAUCGUCGCCUAUCACGCCCUCGAAGUUCAGCUGUUCAUGAUCGACAACUGCGCAGACGACUGGCGGAUAGCGAUGACGUGGCAGCGGAUAGCAACGAUCACCAUGGAGUUGGUGAUAUGUGCCGUCCAUCCCAUCCCCGGCCAGUACUACUUCCUGUGGACCACCAAGCUGGCCAACAAGGGUGGUGAGAUCGGGUCCCAAUGGGUGCCUUACGACGUGGCCCUCUCCCUACCCAUGUUCCUCCGACUCUACCUCAUUUGCCGCGUCAUGUUGUUGCACAGUAAACUGUUUACGGACGCUUCUUCCCGUUCCAUCGGUGCGUUGAACAGGAUCAACUUCAACACCAGGUUCGUCCUCAAGACCCUGAUGACCAUCUGUCCUGGCACAGUGCUGCUGGUGUUCAUGGUCUCCUUGUGGAUCAUCGCCAGCUGGACACUGAGGCAGUGCGAAAGGUUUCACGACGAAGAUCACGCCAACCUCCUCAACGCCAUGUGGCUGAUCGCCAUCACGUUUUUGAGUGUUGGGUUUGGAGAUAUAGUCCCUAACACGUACUGUGGCAGAGGAAUAGCAGUCAGCACGGGUAUCAUGGGGGCUGGGUGUACAGCGCUCCUGGUGGCGGUUGUGUCAAGGAAAAUGGAGCUCACUAGAGCAGAGAAACAUGUCCACAACUUCAUGAUGGACACGCAGCUCACUAAAAGGUUAAAAAACGCAGCGGCCAACGUUUUGCGAGAGACGUGGCUCAUCUACAAGCACACGAGGCUUGUAAAACGAGUCAACGCUGGCCGAGUGCGCACACACCAACGCAAGUUCCUGCUAGCAAUAUAUGCCUUACGAAAAGUGAAAAUGGAUCAAAGGAAACUCAUGGAUAAUGCAAAUACGAUAACAGACAUGGCUAAAACUCAGAACAGCGUGUAUGAAAUUGUUUCGGACAUGAGCUCAAGAUACGACUCAUUAGAAGAAAGGAUCAUCAGUUUAGAAGACAAGUUAGUCCACAUCCAAGAACAGGUGGAACUACUGCCAGAUCUGAUAACUCGGGUGUUGACGCAGGCGCAACAAAGUAUACAAGCUGCGUCGACGACUGCCACAGCUACAAAAGACACAAAUACCGACCGGUCUAUUGACCGACGGAACUUCCUGCAUCCGGAGUCGGCGGCGAACCCCUCCGCUGUCGCUCUGACGUCCCCGCUGCUCUCGCACUCCCGGAGCGUCCCUACCACUUCCGCCCCCUACCAUUGGCCCGCCAGCCCCAUCCUGCCUCCCAUCAGCUCCCGUACGCCCCACCUGGUGCCCGAACCUCUACACCCAAACAGCUGAGUGCUAGCAUAGUCAACGGACGAGGAUCAGGCAGAGGUGUUGAUAUAGGUUAGCCUCUAGUCGCACUUGCUCACAAAACUACACAUUACUCUUGGUCCCAGCCUGGCAUUGCAACGUGUGUCUGGUUUUGAUUGUUGAAAUGAUAAUACAGGGUGUCUAUUGGAUCGUGCUAUUCUUAAAGUUGUCUAAGUGGCUUUUAAGUCCUUUCAAUUUAAUAUUCUUUGACAAGUUGGUUUACUUUUUAUUAUGGUAACUUUUUAUUUUGGUUAUUUACUUUUAUGAGUUGACUUAGUUGUUAAAAUACUUGAAACAUACCAAUUGUUUAGUCACUGAAACAAAAAUUAAGUCAAGGCGUGUUUCAUCAUGUUUACAAAACACUUUACUUAUUAUGAGUCUCAGACAAAUCCAUCUAUCUUACCAAGCUGCAUAAAUGUGUCAUUUAUUAAACGUGGCCAGAGCCUAAAUAUUUUAAAAGUGUAUUGUUGAGGAGUCACUGCUUUGAUUUUGUCAAAAAAGUGAAGGGGGGUUAUUAUAGGGGGGUCAAACUAUGAAAUACUUACAGUAUAAUAAAUUGUCACCAUUUAUCAUAUCAUUUAUCAAAAUAUUAUGUAAUGGUGAGACUAAUGGCAUUGGAGGUGGUAAUAAUGGCCGAGGUGGAGGUGGUGAAAUAUUUGAGGAUGUAGUUAAUGGAGGAGGUGGAGGUGGCAAAAAAUUUAACACUGUUUUUGCGGGAUACCAGAAUGUUGGCAAGUUGCCUUGUGUAUUCUGGAUGCUGAACAAUGUAGGCCUACUUCACCCCAACCUGGGAGUUCAUGACUGCCCGUAGACAGCUGGCACAUUGCAGCUGAGAUACAGUGUCUGCCACUCUGGGCUAAUCAUAAAGACACAUGCCAUCAGCCUUUAAUUGUAGUUACGUAAAUUUGUGUAGGUACCUACCUAUAAUAAUUAUUACAAAUAAAUGUCCUCUAGACACCCUAUAAUUAUCCAGUUUUUAAAGGACAUGAUUAAAGCCCAUUUCUGCAAAAUAUAUUUCACCAAUCUUAUCUUUCAUCAAUAGUAAUCAAAGGAAAAUUGAUAAUUUUCCAAUUUCAAAACCUAAGAUCGCCAAGAUCAGUAUGAAUGGUCAUACCCAAGCAAUGUAGUCAACUAAAAGGCUGGUGAACCAAGUAAGAAGCAAGUACCUAACUUCCUAAAAUAGACAAGAGUUUGAGUGUGAAUUUAGUUAUAACCUGUUUUAACAGGCUAUUGUUCUAAUUUAAUUUAAUGUUAGGAAAUUGGAAGGACCAAUUGAUGUAAUACUUACAUCAUACUGCUAUAACGUCACUUAUGCCUUAUAGACACUUUAAUGAAAAGAAGUAGGUGUAAUCUUCAAUUGAAUUGCCAUACAUCGGUGUGUUUAGAAAUGUUUAUAAACUAAAUCAAGUCACAUGUUAACCGACAAAAGUUAAUCUAUGAGUAAACACUCCAACUCAAAACAAAGUACUAAACAUUUCUUAAAGUUAAAAUAAUAUGCUAAGGAAGAUGAUAGCUUCAUGAAAAUAUUAUUUAAUGUAAACGCAAAAAAAAAUUGAAUAAUGUAGACCUAUCGGGUUCUAUCUUUCAAUAUCCUAAUUUAGUUUUCUUGGAAAGAACAUUUCAAUUAAACCUAAAAGUGUUAGGCCUUGUUGAUUCAAAUGAUAUCUCACAUUACCCUUUUACAUCUAUUCAGCAUGUUCUAUCUAUAUCUCUUUCUUGGCAUAUUGAAGUAGUUUAGUAAUUAAUUCAUUAAAAUGUAAUAAAACCAGCGUAAAUCAAAAGUUUAAACUGCAAACGUAGGCCCUACUUAAUAUCUUACUAAACGGCAUGCCAAAGCGUGAUAAACAAUUUAAAUAUACUCUAACUAUCGUAACAUUGAAAGAAAUGAUGCUGUCGUCGGAACAGCUGCACGACGAGUGAGCUAGCCUAACCUAAUCUCCACCCUCUACCUGGUCCUGUACGUUGAUGCGAACGGUUUGUUGCUUGUAAAUAAAGAUUUAAUAGUGUCUUAUAAAUAAUUAAUUAGUAUUUAACAUUUUUAUUACGUAUAUUUACGCUAAUUCCACAUAAUUUCUCAAAUAAUUUUCACUCGGAAUUAGUUUUACGUCAUAAAAUACUAUGAAUCGUCUGGUAGUUUGAAUUAGUGGUGAUACUAAUUUGUCGUAGUGAAUAUAUUACGAAUGUGUGGAAAUAUAUUUAUGUUUUAAUGAAAAAACGAGUAUUAGUGUUUUUUAUUUCACUGUUUGGAUUUUAGUAGGGGUUUCUUUGCUAAAUGUAUGUUAUGUGCCUUGAUUGGAACAAAUGAAACACUAAAAAACUGGAAAUAUUCAAAAACUAAUCAUCUUUUGUUCAAACUUGUAAACUAUUUGUAGAAUGGUAUAUUUUGAGAUCAAUAAUAGGAUUUUAUGUUUCUUAAAUUAACCAAACCUAAAUAGGUUAAAAUUUUCAUGACAUGUCUGUAAGUCUCUUUAAAAUAAUCUAAGGUCUCAUGUUCCAAGCAUUGUAAAAUCUAGUUUUAAAAUAUAACUAACUUCUUUAAAAAAAAAGAAAAAAUAAUUCUGCACACUACUCUUGUUGUCUGUAAGUACAGUAUGCCAAUCUGGCAUUCUAUAAUCAUAUUAUAAUCAUUACUUGUAACUUUAGAAGGUACAGUAUUACAAUAAACUGUGAGUUUGCCUAAGAAAUGUCAAAACUGAUCAAAGAAAGAUAAUGAUUCAACUUUUAUAAAAUAUAUUGAGUUAUUUGUUUAAUUUACUUUCAUGCAAAUAUAUUUUUCAAUCACCAACAUUAUUGAGAUAUUUUUAAAUUAAAAUAAUUAUUAUAAGCUUUGAUGAGAACUUAAUUAAGAUUAGAUUAGUAAAAAGAAGGCACUUUAAAAUCAUUGUUGAGAGAAACCAACUAAAAAACCACUCCAAACAGGAAAGUAACAAUUUAAAUCUAGAUGCAACAGUAAAAGAUGUAGACAGAUUUUUGACAAUGUAGACAGUUUUACUAUACUAAAAGAGUAUAUUUUUUUGGAAAUAAUUUAAUAAUGUAACUGUAAUACAUUUGAUUUAAGAAUCAAACUAUUUAAAGUAUUUUAGAGUUACGAAGUCACUUCUCUGUAUUUAUUCAACAAUUGUAUUUAGAAUAGUUAAUUUUAACAAUUUAAUACUCUAAUUUUCUCCACUACCACUUGUGGGUUGCAAUGAUGUUUUGUAAACAAUUUCAUUGGUUUGUGAUUCAAUGUUGUAAGGAAAGUUUUUACUUAAAAGAGAGUCUGACCAAAGCGUAUGUACGAGGGUUGUUCGUAAAUUAAGGUAUCUUUUAAGCCAAGCAAGCUAGUUCGCAUCUGAGAACAACAUUGUGUUCCUUACUUUAUCCACUACUAUUCCAAGUUCCCACCCCUAAGGGACAACUAGUCUUGUCAUAAAAUUCAAAAAUAUAAAAUAAAACUGACACUCCUGCGAAUUAUGAGUCUCAUACUGUGAUAUGAUUUCUGUGGUUUCAGUGAUCAACCGCUGUUGAAGUAUAACACUAGUUGACGGACGUGAAUGAAUUAAAUUUUGUUGGCUUUAAAAUUUGCACAAGAGUAGAGAGAGUUUGGAGGUAGUCUUAAACAUUUGCGUUCAGCAGUCUCAUUUAAAGCAGUGACCAAAGUCGGGGAAUUUUGCCUGUGGAACACGUGGUGUGACUGAGCGGGAUAGAGAGAUUGUCAAACUAAUUUGGGGAUGUUUGUAUAAGAAUAUCAAGGAAAAUGGUCAGUCGGUCUGCCCUGGAAGACUGGAACAAACCGACCAGCAAGCAAAUUUUUCUUAAAUUGGAUCAUUGUCUGUAAUGAAAACCCGAUGUCGGUCCCGUUGUAUAAAUUUGUACAGUCUUUUACAAACUCCUUAAAAUGCCAAUGCCCCAUUCCUAUACCAAAAACUUCUUUAUGCGUACACAUGUCAACUAGCAACAGUCAACAAAGAUUUACCCCUUUCCUACAGAAAACUUAUCACUGAAUGCAGUUCAUGCUUUGCUCAUAAAUUUUAUUCCUAAUGUUUUUUUUGAAUACUUUGACAAGAUUAAUCUAAACACAUGAGUGGGAACCUAGAAUCUUAAUGUAUGAAGAAACAAACACGAUUUGACUCUUAGAAUUGACUAUAGUCCUCGCCACCCUAACUUAAGGCAGCCCAAGGCCGCGCGCCGUAUAUGUAGGUGGGCGAGGACUAUAGCUCACUUGGCUGAGUCGGGAGCUAGAUAGAUACGGACAAAACUUGUACUUGCUAUUUCUCUCCCAGUUUUAUAAGUUAGGAUGAAAAAAUAUAUUUGUCAUAGUUUCAAUAAAAUAGCUUGUUCUCUUUAAAUAAUUUAAUUUUUAUUACUAGAGAAGAUUUUUACUAAACAAUAUAGGCUAAACAAAGCUAAUUCAUUAAUAGACUUCGGACUCUUUGUAAAAAGAACAAUUUUGUUCAGUCGUUACAGAAAAAAUUCUCUUGUGUAAAUUUUUAAAUAUCUAACUUAAGCUGUUAUUUUUAAAGUAGAGCAUUUCAUCAUUGGUUGUUUAUUCUGAGUAUGUAUUUGUAAUUGUAAUCAGUAAAUCACAUGUGAGAUUAGAGGAGGGAUCACAGUAGUUAGAAACUGUCUACUUCGGUAACUGAGACACCAGUAACUCCAAGAGCUACCUAGACCAAACUAGUUAUUCUAGUACCUUAAUUGUAAUUUUAAACAUAUAUUUAUACAGUAUUAAUAUUUAAAAUUAUUAAAUAUAUUUCUUUAAAAUAGGAAAGUUUAACAUUUGUACAUAGUAUUCGAUAUUUUGUAAAUAUUGUUGCAUAGUUUCUAACGAGCUGCAUUGUACAUAAGUAACUGUAGAAAUGUUUGCAUAUCCGACAUGUUUAUAGGACUUCAUCCGAGAGGGGUAGUCGCUUUUCAAGAUGCAUUUUAAACGUUUAUGUUUGUUUGUGCUGUCGUUUUUUAUCGAAUUUUUUUACUUUCCGAGAAAUUGGAUGCUUGCUUGUAGUGGCAAGGUUGUUUAACUCUUGUUUUAUUUUGUUUCCGACAUGGAAUAUUUCUUUAAAACAGGAGGUAGUUUCAUAAUGACAGACAAUUAUUUUUAUUCUUUAAUAACAUAAAGAUUUUAAAAUCAUAACAAAAAAUAGACUGCAAUAAGUUUUUAAAAAUAGUAAUGGUUAAUUAACCAUUAUUGUUCUUUUAGUGAAUUGAAAUCCAAGGUUGUGUUGUUAAUGAUUUAUCUUAUGUAAAAUUAUUUAAAAACAGUACCAAUUGCAGGUACUGAAAGUAGUCCUAACAAUGUUUUUACGAAAUACUUUUGUUAUAUGCUAUUACCGAAUGGAAGGAUUAUGUCUUUGAUGAUGAGUUAAAGAAUUCAAGGAUGUUAUAUCUUUUUAUUUGUAUAAAAAAUUUAAUUAAAUUAUAUUCAAACAUGUUUUUUAAUAAUCAAAAACAAUAUUUACUUCUUGUAUUUGAAAGUGUUAAGGUACAUAGAUGACUUUUUUAUUAUUUGACAAACUAAAAACAUCUAUUCACUUUCAAAGUAUGAAAAGGAAAACCUCUAAUGAAUUUGUAUUUGUCAUAAAAGUAGCUAUAGUAUUAUAAUCAAAUUAUAUCAUCCAAUACAUUUUUACAUUCACUAAUAUCGCUAUAUCUGUUCUAUCCGGGAUUAAGCUGUCAGAUUAACCACUUUGGUGUCAUCAAAGCUAAAUGCUGAUAAUAUUGAAAGCCUUCUGGUAAUAUUUGAGAUCAAUGAAGGAAAGAUUACCAUAUGAUAAAAUCAUAUUACGAGUAUUUGCACUAUCGUGUAAUAGGUUAGACCAAUAUUUAUCAAAUGUAUAAGGUCCAGCUAAUUUGGCUGAAAAAUGGGAUCCACAAGUCUAUAAAUAGAUAAGAUAAGCCAAAGAACUUAACAAUGUUUGUUAUCGUAGUUGAACAAGAUCAAAGUCGAUCACAUCAUGCAGUACAAUACUUCUUCAGGAAGAAGUUUCUAUGUUGAUUGAUCUUUUUUGUACAUGCGCCUGGAUUAGACAUUUCCUCGGUUGGCUAGCUAAACUAUAUUAUUUUCCAUAAGAAAUCCCAUUAUUUACUAGUACAUUAGAAAUGUAGCAAAUAUUUAAAAUCAUACCAACUGUUAUUCUAAGUGCGUUCAUAAAAUCACUCUUCAAACUAUCUAUGUCUCAUAAUCGUUUUAAAAUCAAUGUCCAAUAAAAUCUUGAAAAUUAACCAUCGGUUUUAAAACGCUUUAGUAAUAUUUUCACUCUAAACAGCAACUUCAGUAUCGCUAAGUGAACAUUAGAAAGCUUCAUUGGAUAUAGUGCCUUUUUUGCUUGUAAAUAACAGUCGCUCAGCCAAUUUCUCAAAAGUCGCAACUCUUCAAAUCAGUAAUCUUUCCUUUAUGAUUGUCGGAAUUACGAAUACUGUACCAACAAGGCAGAGUAAUAUAGAUGUAAGAUUUUUAACAUCGGUUCCUCCUGAAAUCAAACUGAAAAUGUCUAACUCCACCGACAGUAUGUUUGUAUGUAUUUUCUAUGACUGUAAACUGUACAUAAGUAACAAAUCAUUUCGUAUGUAAGAUAUAGUGCUUUUCAGCCACUUUGUGUGAUGCCAUCUGUGAUAUGUUUGUUAUAACGGAGAUAUAAAAUCGUUGGCGGAAGUAUGAGAAGCUGGUGUUACUGACUACUUGAGGCCACUGCCUCGGAAAUAUCAAAAUUAAUUCUUAAUCUAUGUAACUACUUUACGCAGAGGUAAACUAAUGGAACACCAAAGGGUACAAGAUGGUCUGUGCAUAGUUUAUAUAUUGUUUUAUGUUCUCUGUCCCUGGUCAUCUUUGAUAUUUUGAUGAACGGUUUUACAAACAUGUUAUAAUUAGCACUUGUUAUUAUCAUUUGACUAUAUUAUUUUACUGCAAUAACCAAUGAUAACUAUUCUACAAUGUGGGUUUAACAUACAUAUUCCUAGUUCUCUUGUGGACUGAUUGACUGUAUUUUCUUCUUUAAUAGAAGAAUUAUGUAUUGUUGGAGAUUCUGUUAAAAACCUAAACAAAUUAUUUUUUUAACUGAUUGUCUGUUAAUCUUAUUAAUUUAUAAAUUGUAAAGAAAAAACUCUACCACUAUAGAAUAAUUAAUGAAAAAAUUACUUUUAUAUACUUAUCUUGCUUUUCGUAAACAAUUACUUGCAAUUCGUAUUGGUAAAUAAAAUAGUUACUUUACAAUAUUUUGGGUGUCUCAUUUUUUUCUUUUAUUUAAGAGCUGCUUAAUAUUAUUUUUGCUCACAUUUAUGUUUGAAAAUCAAAUCAAAAGUUGAAAGAAUAUCAGUGAUUUUAUAACGCAAUGUUUAUUUUCCACUCGACAGUUGUCAGUUGUGUAGUUUCUAUAUUAAUGGUGAAGUCAGACCUUCUUGUACCCUCUAUAGUCUUUAUUCCCUUGUCACAUUCCUAGGGCUGCUUGACUUUAGAUAAGUUAUUAAAUAAAUAUGUUUCUUGUUU